UCCUGGGAUGAGGUGUCCGCUCAGUUUUGCUUCUGGAACCCUGGAAUAUCCAGCCACGUGCGCACUGCUCUGGGUUGGAUCCCUCUGAGGCAGACCCUGGGAGGAGGAUUCAUUGAAAGUGAUUUGUUAGGAAAGUUCCUAACUUUCCUGGGGGAAGGGUAGGGCGGUGGGGCUGUUCGUUUUGCAAAGACUAAGCAGCCCUGAGUCACACUGGAAAUGGCCCCAUUGAGGGGCAUGGGAGCCAAGUGUGUUUGAGUCUCCGGCACCCUUCAGUGACAAGAUAAGGGCUGCCCCUAGGGGAGGGAUGGUCACUUCCAGGGGCAGCCCACCCCUGCCAGGGCGGGGACCCAAAGGGGCUGUGGGAACAUCAGUUGCACACAUCUCAACAGCGGCUGCACAAUACGGACACACACACACACACGUAGGCUUGUGGAGAGAAAUGGGUCCACUGACCAAUAACUCACCCCUUUCAGAACAGCCCGAGGUGAUUGGUACUGAGGGCUCGACCUUUCAAAUUCCAGAAUGGGCUUGUGUGAAGACAACACCCAGGCUCCCCCCUGGCCCCGUGCACCUCCCCCACCACGGACGCACUCUUUCUCCCAUAAAAUCCCUACUCUCUUAGAAAACACUCCAAGCCCACUUUAAAGUGGAGACAGGUGACGGACGGGCCUCAGCGCAUCCACAUUGCUGAAGAACUCUUUUGGGGUUUUGUUCUGUUCUGUGUUGUUUUUGUGUGUGGAACAUGAAAGAGAAGCAGUCCAGCGAUACAUAUGCAAGCUGUAUGAAGUGUGCCUUUGUCACACAGUGCAGGUGGAGGUUUUGACUUUCCCACUGAUGGAGUAGGACGACUUUCUCCAAGGAUGGCAAGUCUGACAAGAGAGAUCCGGUUCCCAUUUUGGGGAGAGAGGUUCAUGUCUGUCCAUUCCAGGCAUGAGCCACUUUGUGAAAUUUACUCGCACGAUUGCAGGGAUCGCAGCUUGGGUCACCCAUGAAAUCCCCAGUAGCCCCCCUGUCCUGGAGGGUUGAUCUUACUGGGCUGGAAGGGACCUGGACCUGAGGUUGGCUGAAGCCUCUGGGGGUGGGGGGUCCGCUGAAUAGCCAGGCUGAUCAGGGCUGAGGGCACAGGGCUGAGGGACUGUCCGCUCCGUACCGGCUGUACACAGUGGAAGCAAAUGAGCACAACCAGCAGAGACCAAGAGUGUCAGACACCUGAAGGUCACAGGUAGCAAGUGCCGGAGCCGUGGUUUCCAACUGUUCUGUGCUGCCCACAGCUCGGGCUCCAGAGACCCAGCUUCUCCGCCAGUUCUGGCCUGUCCCAGCCACUCUCUGCAGCCACUGAGGCCCCCAAGGGGACACUGCUGAUGUGGAGACCUGUAGGGCUCUGGGGAUGGGGCUGAGCUCACCCCCAUUGCCCCAUCACUUCCCAUGAGGAGGGAGGGGUGCAGAGAGUAGAGACAGGUCAGCCUGGGUUCCCAUCCUGGGCAAGGCACUUAGCCUGUCUGAGCCUCAGUUUCUUCUUCCGUGGGAUGGGCGUGGUAGGAGUCACUGCCUAUCAGUCUUGUUGGGGAGGCGUACGGGAGAUGAUGCACAGCAGGCGCUUAGCGGGUCUGGCUAUAAUUCCUUAUCACCAGCCUGGUGCUGAGGUCCCCUGGAAGCACAGCUGACCCCCACUGAGAACUCUGGGGAAGCCCAAAUAAUGAGACUAUAAUUUGUGUCCGUUCCUCCAUCUGUAAAUUGCACUGGCACACGGCCCCUCAGGUGCAGGGAAAUUCACUAACUUCCCCACUUGCUUGUCCCUCAUUCAUUCACUCAUUCACACAUUCAUUCUGGCAAGAAAUAUUUACCAAGCACUAACCAUGCUUGUUUGGUGAAUCCAAUAUGCCCUGUUUUUUCACCUCCCUGCGUCCCUGAAGUGGUGAUGUGUCAGCGUGCGUCAUUGCCCACGAGUAUGUCGAAACAUACAGGUUGGGCAUAAGCAAGCUUGGUGGAAACUUCCAGGAACAACAGAGGAAUGGCCUUCUGGGAAAUUUUGUGUCACCAGCACUCUUGGGGAUGCACAGGACCAUACUGGCAGAAAGACUCAGACACUGGCAACCUGGAGUGGAAAAAAGAUCCUGAAGAGUUGGAUCCGUACAUGAUGACCUUCUAGGAAAUACCUUAUUCCAUCCAUUUCGCUUGUAUUUUCUUUGUGAGGUAUGCAUAAGAAUGGUACAUGAUGGCUCCGACACUUGUGGGCUGUGUGACCCCUGCACAGGUCAUGCGCCAUGCCUCAGUUUCCCCAUCUGUAAAAGGGGGCGAAGUUACCUCUUGGUACUGCUAGGAGGAGGAAAAGUGUUAGUACAUAUGAGGCUUUCAGUGCUCGGCUUGUAGUAUGUAUGUGUAAGUGCUCCCUACUAUUAUUGUUACUAUUAUUGCCUCUAAGGAGGAUCUGAUGGCCCCCACUUGGAAAGACGGGGCCUCACCUGGGCUUCAGGGGAGGCAGGAACCAGGGAUAGAGUCCCCCAGUUCUCUCUGUCUUCUCUGGGUAGAGUGGCCAUCUUCCUCAUGAUGUGAGACGGGGCCCCGGCAGCUCCAGACUCCAUCCUACAUACCUGCCCCCUGCCUGCUGCCCCUCUGGCACCCUGGGGAAGGCACCCAUUUCUGGGCCCAUCCACCGAGGCCAAGGGAAGGCUGAUGAACGAACUGGCAGCUCUGCCAUUAGCAGUGGCAAUGAGGGGAGUGGUGGGAUGGUGCGCCAGGAGGGGGUCCCAGGAAAAUGCACACAUCAGGGGCAGGCAGGCAGUCUCCUAGAUGUCCACGCCAGAGACCUCAUUUUACAAAGGAGGACAGCAGACCCCAGAAUGUCUUGUAACUUGUCCAAGGUCAUCCACAGCCAGGCAGUGAUAGGUAGGCAAUGAAUCCUUAGGAGGAACUCGUUCUGUUCCCAGCCCUUGCCCUACGACGGUAUUACAUUACUCCUCACAGCAACCUCUGCACAGGGGCCAGCUCUUUCUGAGCACUUACUGCCUCUGGGCACCUCUGUGAGCCUGCAAGCAACUCAUCUAACUAUCCCAAGCCACGAGGAAGACACUAUCAACACCCAUUUUACAGAUCAGGGAAACUGAGGCACAGAGAAAUAAAAUCAAUUAGCAAGUGUCCCACAGCUGGGAAAUGGCAGGGUAAGGAUGCAGACCUAAGUAAUCUGAUUCUAGACUUUGGGAGCUAGGGAUUUGUUUUCUUUUUCUUUAUCAAAGAGACUAAGCCUAUAAUCUGUGUAGUUAUAUGAAUACAUGAAUUAUAUGAAUAGAUAAUAUGAUAUAUUAUGUAUGAAUAUAUCUCAUAUAGCCUGCAUUAUAUGAAUACCUGACAGGUACUGGGUUUUGAAUAAAAUAGUUGACUUGAUUAUGACAUUCUCCUACCUACAGUCAUUCAGAGAAGAGAGCUAUUACAUACUUAUUGUUCUCCUUGGAAGUACAAAUUACAGGAAGCCUUUCUGGAAAAGACUGCAGAAAAGAAAGAACACAUUUGUUCUUUCUUUUCCCCCUCCAUUAAUUGUCAAAGUCAGAGUAUACCUUAUACUAAGGUUAUCUGCCUGUUUUUCUUUUUGAAAAAUAAUUAUUUAACACUUUUUAUUUGAAAUAAUGGUACAUUUACAGGACGUGCGAAGAGACGGGGCCGUAUGGGGAGGCCCACCUCGUCUGCGGAGACGGCUUGCGUAACUAGCACGCAGCGCAACCAGGAAGCUGGCACGGAGCCUCUGUGGCUCCGGAGGUUUGCUCUAGUCCCACAGGGUGAAGCAAUUUGCCCAAGGCCUCGAGGCUUGGAACGGGCCUAUCAGGAGCCCCACCUCCCAUUUUCCUUCUUUCACUAGAGGAGGCCAGCUCCACUUCUCUGAAUCCAGUCUGGAGUUUUCUCUUUUGCCAUAUUGAAGAGGCAACAGAGGCUGCGGCCACUCCGGUGGCUGCCUGAGAACCGGUCCACUGCCCCGGGGGCAAGGUUGGCCUGGGCUCUGAGGGGGCUGAGUCCCUCUGGACAGCAAAACAGGGCCUAGGAGCAGGGCCUCCAGGAGGGGCGCAGGGAGCUGGGAAACAGCCGGCUUGCCCGGGGGCUGCUCUAGUCCUGCCUGCUGGAGACAAAGGGCCUUAUGCAAGGCCCCCGAGAAGUGGCUGGAUCCUGGGGGCGCUUGGCUGAUGGCGGGGGUUUGGCCAGGGGCCUCACCCACUGAGAAGGCUCUUCCAUAAGAGCAAACUUCAUGAAACAAUCCCCUUGUUCCUUGGGAUGACCAAUUUAGCUACAGUCUUUUCUGGGGCCAUUUUCCAUCUGAGCUGCCAGGAUUAACUAACUCCCCCACCCCAAGCCUUUUCUAGAAGAACAUUCACACAGAGAUCAGCAAGAAAGGCUAAAAAGAAGGCAAGUGGGGCCCUUCAGGUAAAGAUAGUGUAGACCAAAUCCUAUCUUAGAAUCCCCGGAAAGGUGUUCCCAUGCUUUCACCUGGGAAGAGGUGAGUAGGCCCCUGGAUGAGAAGGCGAGAGGGACCCAGGCCAAAACAGAUUUCCUGCAAUCACCUGUGGGCUGCUGCCUAAAAUUCCAGCAUUAUCGUGGGAUCUCUGCUCUGUCUUCACAUGGCCUUCCCCUCAGUGUCUUUGUCCCUCUGUGUCAAGUUCCCCUCUCCUUUCUGUAAGGACACCUUUCAUUGGAUUUGGAUUUUAUCACAGCAUCCUUAAUUUAAGUACAUCUGCCCUACUUUCAAAUAAGUCCACAUACACAGGUUCCAGGUUCUGGGGGUUAGGAGGUGAAUACCUCUUUUUUUAGGGGGGGGCACAAUUUCACCAACUAUAGGGAGUAAGUUAGCUCACUUAGAUUGGGGAAGUAAAGAAAAGGCAUCUCAGGCAGAGGGAAUAGUAUGUGCAAAGGCACAGACCAGAGAAGUUCAAGGAAUUUCAAGCAGUUGGGCAUGGUUUGAAAAGGGGGGCCUCUGGGAGUGCCAGUCAGUUCACUGCUAGAGUUUGAACUCCACCAUGAAAACAAUGGGGAGCCACAGAAGGGUUUGCCUGGGUCAUUAACAAUCUCAUUUGAUUCUCCCUACAUCUCUGAGAGGCCAGUAUGCUACCUUCAUUUACAGCUGAAAACACUGAGGUUCAAAGAGGUGAAGUCAUUUGCCCAAGAACAGACCAUUAGGAAAAUGUCAGAAAGAGGAUUUGAAAUCGAGCAUCAUGUAACCCCUUAUGCAGGAAGAUGAAUGCUGUAGAGCUUUGCAUGUCCACAUAAGGCUGUUCAGGAAGGAGGAGGGGAACAGAGGUGGGAUCUCUCAGGGGCCAGGCGCCAGGUCCACCACCCUAUGUGAGAACGGUUUUCUGACACUGGGUCUGGGGGACGCCAUGUUGGUAUGCCGAGACCCUGCCCCAGACACAGCUGAUUGGUCCAGGUAUGGGUCACCUGACUCAAGAUAAACCAAUCAGACUCCCCUAUCCCACUGCGCUCCUGAGUCUUUUUGACGCCAAAAGGAGCCUGCCUCAGGAGUGAGAGACCCGCACAUCUGGGCUCUGCCUCCGUUCUGGGGUGUUUGUCCUCACACAACUUCUUGAACUUCUCUUCGCUUCAGUUUCCUUCCCUGGAAGUCCGGGAAGUGAAAACAGCACUUUCUUCAAUGACUACUGCGGGAUACCGUGAAAUCCUGGUGGAGAAGCUUUUUGCCCAAGGCCUGGCACGCAGGAAUCCCUGGCAAAUGGCAGCCGGCUGUGCUGGUUGUAUGAACAGAGGUAGGGGACUCGGGGCUGUGCAGAGGCCACCAGCUGCCUUGUUGUGUAUGAGGAGGAAGAGGAAGACGGAGAAAGAGCCAGAGAGAGAGAGACCAUAGGCGUUCUUGACAGCGUUCCAGGACUUGAAUCCAGUUGAUAAGAGUUUUGGCUGCCCUCCCUGUCCUGAGGUCCCAGGAAAGACUCCGUGGUUCCCCCGCUCCCGCCAGUCGCCCACCGCCCGCUGCCCCUGACUCUGGCCUAGGCUGGCGUAAAUGUGUUUCUGUCAUUUGCAAUCAAAACCAAAUCCAAACAAAGCAAUACGAAACACCAACCAAAACAAUAAACAGCUUGAUUGGGACAUUUUGGCAAGCCGAAGCCCCCUUGGAAUCUACCGGAACCGCCUUUGAACUGGAUGCCAGGGAAUUCCUUCCCCAGACUUGGUUACCACAUAAAGAAACCAGUUUAAGUGUACUGUGGGGCAGCCCCCGAGGCUGCUGAGAGGCCUCACCUCCCAAGGAACACGCAUGUGAUUUGCCGCCCCACAGUCCACACCCACACCUCCUGCUCCAGGUGGGCAGGCUUCUGGCAAGUUCCAUAUUCAACCCAGGAACUUGUUGAACAGGUGCCUCGAGGUGGGAGAGUCUCCUACCCAUAAGGCACUACCCAUCUAGGCCCAGGCUGGAGAGUGUAUGAGAGGGGAGUAAGUCGGGGUAGUCGUAAUUUCCCGAGUUACGUGCCAAGGUGGGUGCCUAACAUCCAUCACCUCCUCAACCACCAGGUUGGAAGGAUGCCAUCAUCUGCAUUGAUAGCAGAAAGACUGGAAGCUCAGAUAUUGCUAGCUUCUUGCUCAAGCUUAUCCAGUUACUACAUGUGGGAGCCGGAUAUUUCUUUCUUUUUUUUUUUUUCUGCAUGGAAUCAGCAAGAUUUAUCAUUAACACCUUCAAAUACAAACAAGGUGUAGAAAAGCGGUAUAAAGAACCCCUUGGGACUCACCAGCUAACUACCAUUGCUGCAUCCAUACCCUCAACUUUUUUGCAACGGCAGAGACUGGAGUAUUUUAAAGUAAAUCCUGGACAUCACAUACCUCACCUAUGAAGGCUCCAGAAUGCAUCUCUAACAGAUGAGGAUUUUUUUUUUAACAUAACCAUAUGCUCAUUGUCACAAGACCACUAGGUGGGAAAGUUUGUGUUGGAACCACCACUCCAUGUGUCCCAGGAGGUGUCAGACAGUCCCAGCCAAGUCCUGUUCUUCCAAGGUGGGCAGGUUCACUAGAGCAGCAGUUCCCAAAGCAGGUUCCCCAGGCUGGCAGCAUCACUACGGAACUCAUUAGAAAUGCAGAUUCUCAGGCCCACCCCACACCUACUGAGCCAGAGACUCUGAGGCUGGGAAAACAAUCCAGCUUUUGUGUUUUAACACACCCUCCCUGGGACUCUGAGGCCAGCUUCAGUUCGAGAACUUCUGCUCUGGAGAAAGACGGACAGCCCAUGGAGGGUUCACGUUAAGCAUUUCAGCAGGACUAUCCAGCCCCGAAGAUCACUUUCCUUGGUACAUCAUAUCCAGGGUCAUGCCGUGUCAUCUGUCCCAUCACUGGUCCCUCUGUUAAGGUCACUCAGAAUGUUGUGCAAAGGACUGAGUGCAGGGGGAGCCUGAAUGGGAGUAGGAAGACCAUCCCUUCUGUUCCCGCUGGCUACCAGGGAUUCCAAGCCCCUCCUGAAGUUCUCACCCUCAGGGAAUGAGCCCAGGCAAGGCUGCAUCAAACCAGGGAAAGGAAGGUUCUGGCCCAUUCCAACAGCCACUUCACUGAGAACUACUCCCCCGCCCACCUUCAGGCACAACCUCCCUUGGGAACCCUGAAGCCCUAGGAGUUUUCAAAGGGAGUCACCGAGAACUUUGAACUCUUUUUAUUAUAUCAAAAAGCCAGUAGAAAUUGUUCAUUUAACUUCCGAUCAGGUUUCCCAGUUUAACUACAUAUAAACUCAUUCAUUUUCCAUUCAGUCAAUACAUAUACAGUGUCUCCUUUUAAUAUACAUCUUUAUUGAGAGAAAAUUCAUGUAACAUCCAAUUCACCAUUUCCACCACAUUAACGUGAGCAAAACAGUGGGUUAGCAUAUUCACAAAGUCUGGUGACCAUUCCCUCUACUUUAUUUCAGAAUAUUACGGUCUCCCCAAAAAGAAACUCUAUUAUGUCCAAAUUUCCCUUUCUUCCCAGCGCCUGACAACCACUAAUGUGCUGUCUGUCUCUAUGGAUUUGCCCGUUCUGGACAUUUCAUAGGAAUGGAGUUUAGCUGUGCGGCCUUUUGGAACUAGCUCCUUUCACUCGGCGAAUCUUCCAGGUCCAGGUCUUCCACAAUAACCUCCACCCAGAGUUUCCUUCCUGAAAGCUUUUAAACCUGAUCCACAAAUUCUAGCCUUGACGUCUCUGAGCUGGAGCAGAGGCCACUGUGAUGGGAUCCAAGAGGUUGGGCUUAAAGGGAAAGGCACCUGGCCAACACAUCACUCCCUGCUCAUGGAGGCUGCACCACCUGGAGAAACCACGCCUGAUUGACACCCUUGGGAGAACAUGAAGUUCUAUGCCAACAAGGUAUUUUUCCUCCCUGGAUCCAAUAGUAUCUCAAAAUCUUGGAAUGCCAGUUGGAAAGGACCUGAGAAAUAAAUGAGCUGAGUUCCCAUGUAUCUUUUAUAUUAGUAAUAAAAUUUCCUGAGGACCUACUAUGUCAGGGACUAGAUAGUACUAUUAGGCAGUCUACCUAUGCAAACAUUACAGGACUGUGCAGUUGGUUCCCUGUGUCUCGCCUUUGCUCCCCCAAACCCUCUCUCCACCCUCUUGCCUUCUCCUUUGGAUUCUCAGUCCAAGAGUCUGCAUCUGUGGCUUCCAUUCUGUUUCCCUCCACUGAAGUUCUCAGCUCCAAACAGCUACCUUCUUUGGGUAACUGCUUCCUCCUCUUGCCUUCCAGGCUUUGGAUGGUAGUGAUCUCUCACUGUUGCUAAUCUUGGGCAGGUGCACAAUCCCUUCAUGUUUCUCUGCACCCUGCUCACACCUUUGUAAGUAGGUUACCAAACUCUCCACAAAUCACUCAGUUUGAAGGUGCCACCUGUUUCCUGCUGGCACCCUACUCAGGGGUAGGUAGUGCCACCCAUUUUGUGGAUGAGUAAACUGAGGUGGAGAGAAGUGAAGAAAGGUGCCCAAGGCUAUGCAUUUGGAAGGAACAGGGCUGAGAUUAAAAUUUGGACUGACUUGUGCCAGAAUUUUGCUUUUUCUAUUAUUCUUAGGCCUUUGUUGAAACUGGUGGAGCCAUGCCGCAUGAGGCUGGUAGCCCAUUUUCUUUCAGUCAAGGGACAGAGGCAGGAGAAACAAGAAGGGCCAGCAGAACCACCUGUCAGUUGGAACAUAGCUGAGGUAGACACACAGUGGGGAGUUGAGGCAAGGAACCGCGGCUCCGAGGGGCCACGUGGCUCGUCCGGAGCCGCACAGCAUCGGUAGGAGUGUGACUCAGCGCCGGUCCGCGGCGCUCCCAGCGCCUUAGGAUUGACCGCACUCCGCUGCCCUCCGGAGAACCACCGAGCUCGUUACAGUCCAGCUCCCCGACCGGCUCCAGACCCAGUGACAUAGGGUAAGGCGAGGUCCGGGAAUCCGCAUUUUCAACAAGCGUUCGCUCGCCCACUUCCACCCCACCCCUCGCUCCAGGUGAUUCUUAGGAUUGGGCAAGAUUGGGAAACAGACCGAGCUCUGAGACUCCGCCGCGAAGCCGGGAGCCGGCCCCCGGGGCGGGGCCAGGUGCGCCGGGUGCAGCCGGGAGCGCCGCUCCGCCCCGCCCCGGGGGCGGGGCCCCACCUGCGCCGGGCAGGUAGGCGGCUACCUGGUAACCCAGGCCUGGCCCUGGAGGUUUGGGCGCGCGCAGCCAGUCCCGGCCACGCUACGGACCGACGCUACGGACCGAGGGACGCGGGCAGGAGCGGCUGUCGGCGGACGGGAGGCCGAGCUAGGGGGCUCCGCCUGGUCACGAUGGUCGAAAGACGCUUCUCUCAGUUCCUGCAGAAACUCGCCUUCUCGGGCGCGGGCCACCUGUACGAGCCGCUGGAGAGGAGCGAGUUGGAAAUCUUGAUUGGUGGACAGUGUGAAUUGAAAGCCAUCGAGAAAGAGAAAACAGUUGUAGCUCUGUCACCCAAGGAGGCAAGCAAAUGCCACAAAGAGGAUUUGGCCAAAGCAUUUUAUGUGGACUUACAAAAUGGGCUGUCCGAGUUCUCCGUGUCGCAACGGAGGCAGGUCCACGGCUGGAAUGAGUUUGUCGCUGAUAACACCGAACCUGUGUGGAAGAAAUAUCUCGAUCAGUUUAAGAACCCCCUGAUUCUGCUGCUCCUGGCCUCCACCCUGGUGAGCGUCCUCACGAAGGAGUACGAGGACGCCGUCAGUAUCGCCGUGGCUGUGCUCAUCGUGGUCACUGUCGCCUUCAUCCAGGAAUACAGGUCCGAGAAAUCACUAGAAGAGCUGACCAAGCUGGUUCCUCCCGAAUGUAACUGCAUAAGAGAAGGAAAACUCCAGCAUCUGCUUGCACGAGACCUGGUUCCCGGAGACAUUGUGUCUCUCUCGAUUGGAGACCGGAUCCCUGCAGACAUCCGUCUCACUGAGGUCACAGACCUCCUGGUAGACGAGUCCAGCUUCACAGGAGAAGCCGAGCCAUGCAGUAAGACGGACAGCCCGCUGACGGGCGGAGGGGACCUCAGCACUCUGAGCAACAUUGUCUUCAUGGGGACGCUGGUGCAGUACGGGAAGGGGAAGGGAGUCGUGAUUGGAACAGGGGAAAGGUCCCAGUUCGGAGAAGUGUUCAAGAUGAUGCAGGCUGAAGAGACGCCUAAGACCCCACUACAGAAAAGCAUGGACAAGCUGGGGAAGCAGUUGACGCUUUUCUCGUUUGGCAUCAUUGGCUUGAUCAUGCUCACUGGCUGGCUGCAAGGGAAGCAGCUUCUCAGCAUGUUCACGAUCGGGGUCAGCCUGGCUGUGGCUGCCAUUCCCGAGGGUCUGCCCAUCGUUGUCACGGUGACGCUGGUCCUGGGAGUGCUGCGGAUGGCCAGGAAACGCGUCAUUGUGAAGAAGUUACCAAUCGUGGAGACCUUAGGCUGCUGCAAUGUCAUCUGUUCGGAUAAGACAGGGACUCUGACUGCCAAUGAGAUGACCGUCACCCAGCUGGUGACGUCUGAUGGGCUCCAUGCUGAGGUCAGCGGAGUUGGGUAUAACGGCAAAGGGACUGUCUGUCUGUUACCCUCAAAGGAAGUGAUAAAGGAGUUCAGCAACGUCUCGGUGGGGAAAUUAGUAGAGGCAGGCUGUGUGGCCAACAACGCCGUCAUCCGAAAUAAUGCUGUGAUGGGACAGCCCACGGAAGGUGCGCUGAUCGCCCUGGCCAUGAAGAUGGACUUAAGUGAUAUUAAAGAUGCGUACGUGAGAAAAAAAGAGAUUCCAUUCAGUUCGGAGCAGAAAUGGAUGGCAGUAAAAUGCAGCCCCAAGAAUGAGGACCAGGAAGACAUUUACUUCAUGAAAGGAGCCUUUGAAGAAGUGAUUAAUUACUGCACCAUGUACAACAACGGAGGCAUCCCCCUGCCCCUGACACCCCAACAGAGGUCCUUCUGCCAGCAGGAGGAGAAGAGGAUGGGCUUGCUUGGCCUGCGUGUGCUGGCCCUGGCUUCUGGGCCCGAGCUGGGGAGGCUGACUUUCCUGGGGCUCGUUGGGAUCAUCGACCCCCCGAGGGCUGGCGUGAAGGAGGCGGUGCGGGUGCUCUGUCAGUCGGGCGUGUCGGUGAAGAUGGUAACGGGCGAUGGCCUGGAGACCGCCUCUGCCAUAGGCAGGAGCAUCGGCCUGUGCAACGGGAAGCUGAAAGCCAUGUCCGGGGAGGAGGUGGACGGCAUGGAGCAGGAAGAGCUGGCUGACUGCGUCGGGAAGGUGUCUGUCUUCUUCAGGACCAGCCCAAAGCACAAGCUCAAAAUCAUUAAGGCUUUGCAGGAAUGGGGGGCGAUCGUGGCCAUGACAGGGGAUGGGGUGAAUGACGCGGUCGCCCUGAAGUCCGCGGACAUCGGGAUCGCCAUGGGGCAGACGGGGACAGACGUUAGCAAAGAGGCUGCCAACAUGAUCCUGGUGGACGAUGACUUCUCCACCAUCAUGAACGCGGUGGAGGAAGGCAAGGGGAUUUUUCAUAACAUCAAAAACUUUGUCCGGUUUCAGCUGAGCACGAGCAUCUCCGCCUUGAGCCUCAUCACUCUGUCCACCGUGUGCAACCUGCCCAGCCCCCUCAACGCCAUGCAGAUCCUGUGGGUCAACAUCAUCAUGGACGGGCCGCCGGCACAGAGCUUGGGCGUAGAACCGGUGGACAGAGACACCCUCCAGCAGCCACCGCGAAACGUCAAGGACACCAUCCUCGGUAGAGCCCUCAUCCUGAAGAUCUUCCUGUCGGCGGCCGUCAUCCUCAGCGGGACCCUGUUUAUCUUCUGGAAAGAGAUCCCCGCGGACAAGGCCAGCACCCCACGCACCACGACCAUGACCUUCACCUGCUUUGUGUUCUUCGACCUCUUCAAUGCCUUGACCUGCCGCUCUCAGACCAAGUUGAUAUUUGAGAUCGGUUUUCUCCGGAACCCCAUGUUCCUGUACUCGGUGCUGGGGUCAAUUCUGGGGCAGCUGGCUGUGAUCUACGUCCCACCCCUGCAGAAGGUCUUCCAGACGGAGAACCUGGGUGCCCUCGAUUUGUUGCUUUUAACUGGAUUGGCCUCCUCCGUGUUCAUUUUCUCAGAGCUCCUCAAACUAUGUGAAAGAUUCUUUGCCAGAGCCAAGAAAGCCCAGACUCCCCCAGAAGACAUCUAGUGGACCCCACCUGUGUAAAAUCUGCAAAUAAUCUAUAUUUUUACGUGACCGUGGCCCUUCCCCCAGCCCUGCGGCAGAGGGGUGCUUUUAGGACACCGUGCGGUCAGCCCCUCACUGGGCUCUGCUGCUUGGAAAGCCCAGGCCUGCGUCCGUCCCCGUCUCUCCCCCAGGCUCUGCAACGGGCUGGGAGCAGACCGCACUGAAACACCUCGCUAUUUAUUAAAUCGCAGUGAUUUGUAUGAAC